CCCAUCAAUCUUCUCUUUGCUGCAAGUGGAGAUCUCAAUGAUAUUAUUAUGUCAGUGAAUGGAAUACCACUCGAUUUCAAUCAACCAGUUAAUAUUUGUGUUAAUGAUUUUGCCGAAAGGGUUGUGGUUCGAAAUUUUAUAAUACUUUAUCUAUUUGCAAAACUUGGAAAGAAUGCUAUUGAUAUCGCUAUUCAUAUUUGGUACUCAUCAGCACUUACUGAUGAGCAAAUGAUUGGAUGCUAUGGAAUAUUUAAUACUGUUUUUCAAGAUUUAUUAGGUUCGAAUAUGUCAGGUUCACAGAUUACGGAAGAAUAUGAAUUUAAGUGUAAAGUUAAGAUUUGUACACAUUUUAGUCCUAAUACGUGGAUGUGCCUCGCAGAAAUGCUUGAAAAUAGCACUGAUCUACAAACAGGUGUAAUGUUGCGCAAUAAAAUUAUGUUAGAUCCAGCACGUAUAGAUUAUCGACACCGACAUAUGCAGGCUCUUACGCCAGGAGAACGGAUUUGUUUUGAUAACUUCCGUCAUCAUGGAAUUCUUCUCCCAUAUGGUGCGUUGAACGCUCAUCAUAACGUACAGAAUAAGUUCAUCUUAGAUCCAACAUAUGGUUGGCUAUUGCCUGAUAACUCCGAACCACUUUCAGGAUGGGAUAUAUCUAGCGUUGUCCAGGUUAAGCAUGGAACAGCAGACGAAGACCUUUAUGGAAAACUUUACUUUUAUCUCCGUGAACAAUUUGGGAUAUUCAUUGAUCGAUUGGAAAAUUUGACAAUUAAUUUUGAUUUGUAUGAUGAGGAUGCACUCGAACUUGGUAAAAAUUUAAAAAGCAAACGAUUUGAUAGAAUUUAUGUAAAUAACAUUAGUGACGAAUCAUAUGUUGAUAAUAAUGUAAUGGCUAAAAUUUUUAAUAUUCUGGAUGAAAUCUCUAAUGAAACUAAUGCGUUAUACGAUCAUACUCAAGCAUUUGAAACAUAUAUGGAAACGAAGGGAGCCAAUAAAACUGCGAAAGAGGUCGGAUUACGCCGUCGAACGGUUCAUAGAAUCGUACCUAAGAGAGUUGGUGUCAGUAUGAGGGAAGAUGAGCAAAACAAUGUGCUGUCGCUUGAAGAUGAAAGAGAUAGACAUUUAUUACUUGAUGUUGGAAUGAACACAUUUUUAGAACGUUAUGUCGAGUGGGAGGUUGUUGCUUAA